AUGCCACCAGCAAAAUCGCUAAACAAGCACCCAGCCCGGAACACGAGAAUCGAAAGGAGGGUGGAGAACUUCGGGGUGAGGAGGAGCAGGCGGACGAGCUUGUGUACUCUGAUGAAAGUAGUGAGAUUGCUGAGGAUACCUAUGAGGACUCUAACGAGAGGAAGGCGAAGGCGACAAACGAGAAAUGAGGAGGAGAAGGAGAAGAGGGAAAGGAAAGAGCAGAGGGUUAGGAAGAAGAGACACAUGGAGGCUACUACUACAGAGGCGGUGAAGAAACAUGUUGCGAUCCAGAAGAGCUCGGAGGAGAGUAAUAGUGACGAUACUUCGGAUUAA